CCGCCGCCGCUUUCCCCGCCCCGGGAAGCCGAGGGCGCAUGGCGGCGGCGGGCGGGACGCUGGAGAGGUGCAUCUCCUUCUCUGGGCCUGGAACCCUUUCUCCGUGGCCGCGGACUGAUUCCGAGCUUACACAGUAAAGAUAGAAUGGCGCUCUCCACUCUCACUUUUCUCUCACGACAAAUAGAGGCGAGAGUAGCCUCUGCCUUAGGACCUCUGAGUUUUAGAAAAAAAACAAAAACGGAAUGGCCCAGGGUCCUCGCUGCAGUAGACAUGUCCAAGCUACCAGUAGCUCUUUUGUUAAGAACUCUGCCUCCAACUCGCGCAAACAUCACUUUAUGAAAUACAGAUGUUGCCAACUCGCCCCGUAACCUUCAGUAAGUAGGUCAGCGUGUAAAGUAACUGGAAGAGAAAAGCAGGCUUGAAGUUAAGGUCUUUAGGGCUUUUGCUUCCCCGGAAGUUUGGACACAACAUCUUUAUUUUUACGUGGUGCUGAGGAUCGAACCCAGCGCUCCGCGCGUGCCAGGUCAUUUUGACAAUUAGAUCAUGGCAACCAUAGAAGAAAUUGCACAUCAGAUUAUUGAACAACAGAUGGGAGAGAUUGUUACAGAGCAGCAAACUGGGCAAAAAAUCCAGAUUGUGACAGCACUUGAUCAUAAUACACAAGGCAAGCAGUUCAUUCUGACAAAUCACGAUAGUUCUACUCCAAGCAAGGUCAUUCUGGCCAGACAAGAUUCCACUCCAGGAAAAGUUUUCCUCACAACUCCAGAUGCAGCUGGUGUUAACCAGUUAUUUUUUACAACUCCUGAUCUGUCUGCACCACAUCUCCAGCUCUUAACAGAUAAUUCUUCCCCAGACCAGGGACCAAAUAAGGUUUUUGAUCUUUGUGUAGUAUGUGGAGACAAAGCUUCAGGGCGUCAUUAUGGAGCAGUAACUUGUGAAGGCUGCAAAGGAUUUUUUAAAAGAAGCAUCCGAAAAAACUUAGUAUAUUCAUGUCGAGGAUCAAAGGACUGUAUUAUCAAUAAACACCAUCGAAACCGCUGUCAAUACUGCAGGUUACAGAGAUGUAUUGCGUUUGGAAUGAAACAAGACUCUGUUCAGUGUGAAAGAAAACCCAUUGAAGUAUCCCGAGAAAAAUCUUCUAACUGUGCUGCUUCAACAGAGAAAAUCUAUAUCCGAAAAGACCUUCGAAGCCCAUUAGCUGCAACUCCAACUUUUGUAACAGAUAGUGAAACUGCAAGGUCAACAGGACUGUUGGAUUCAGGAAUGUUUGUGAAUAUUCAUCAGUCUGGAAUAAAAACUGAGUCAACUGUGCUGAUGACACCAGAUAAGGCUGAAUCAUGUCAGGGAGAUUUAAGUACAUUGGCCAGUGUGGUUACCUCAUUAGCAAAUCUUGGAAAAACUAAAGAUCUUUCUCAAAAUAGUAAUGAAAUAUCUAUGAUGGAAAGUUUAGGCAAUGGUGAUUCAUCUUUGUGUGACUUUCAAGAAACACAGAGCAAUGGUGAUGUUUCAAGGGCAUUUGACACUCUUGCAAAAGCAUUGAAUCCUGGAGAGAGCACUGUAGAGGGAAUGGAAGGAAGCGUGCACCUAAUUGCUGGAGAUUCAAGCAUAAAUUACAUCGAAAAAGAGGGGCCAUUUCUCAGUGAUUCACAUGUAGCUUUCAGGCUCACCAUGCCUUCUCCUAUGCCUGAGUACCUGAAUGUGCACUACAUUGGGGAGUCUGCCUCCAGACUGCUGUUCUUAUCAAUGCACUGGGCACUUUCGAUUCCUUCUUUCCAGGCACUAGGGCAAGAAAACAGCAUAUCAUUGGUAAAAGCUUACUGGAAUGAACUUUUUACUCUUGGCCUUGCCCAGUGCUGGCAAGUGAUGAAUGUAGCAACUAUAUUAGCAACAUUUGUCAAUUGUCUUCACAGUAGCCUUCAACAAGAUAAAAUGUCACCAGAAAGGAGAAAAUUGUUGAUGGAGCACAUCUUCAAGCUACAGGAGUUUUGUAACAGCAUGGUUAAACUCUGCAUUGAUGGAUAUGAAUAUGCCUAUCUGAAGGCAAUAGUACUCUUCAGUCCAGAUCAUCCAGGCCUAGAAAAUAUGGAACAGAUUGAGAAAUUUCAGGAAAAGGCUUAUGUAGAAUUUCAAGAUUAUAUAACCAGAACAUAUCCAGAUGACACUUACAGAUUAUCGAGACUCCUACUCAGGUUGCCAGCUUUGAGAUUGAUGAAUGCUACCAUCACGGAAGAAUUAUUUUUCAAAGGUCUCAUUGGAAAUGUACGGAUUGACAGUGUCAUCCCACAUAUUUUAAAAAUGGAACCUGCAGAUUACAACUCUCAAAUAAUUGGUCACAGCAUUUGAAAGCUGAGAUCAUAGUGCAUAAACUUAUUGUUCUUUUCCAGAACACAGGAAAACACCAAAUUGUACUCAUGCUUCCAUAGUAUGUGCAAAUUUUGACUUUAAAGACUAACCAAGGGCUGGGGAUGUGGCUCAAGUGGUAGCGCACUCGCCUGGUAUGCGUGCGGCCCGGGUUCGAUCCUCAGCACCACAUACAAAAAAACAAAGAUGUUGUGUCCGCCAAAACCUAAAAAAUAUUAAAAAAAAUUCUGUCUUUCUCUCUCUCUCUCUCUCUCUCUCUCUCUCUCUCUCUCUCUCUCAAAAAAAAUUCUCUCUAUUAAAAAAAAAAAAAAAAGACUAACCAAAAUUCAAGGUAUUUUUAUUUUAGCUUCCUUCAAAGAAGACUUUUUGAAGUGACUGGGCAGUCAGCAGAAAUAUCCCUUUCUGUCUUACAUAAAUAAAUAAGAAAUACUAUGGAUUUGUUCUUGGUAAAGAUGACAUCUGAAGCUGUCACCUCCAGACCAUCUAAACUAAGAUUUCUAUUUUAUAAAGCAAAUAAAUUAGUCUCUUUUUUUCCCCCAAAUUGUGUUCUAUUCAUAUUCAGCUUCAUUUUGAACUAGUACGAACACUUAGUGGUCAAAUAUCCUUACAAAGAAUUCCGUGCAUUUUAUUCUUCAUAAUGUAAUCUGUUUAAUUACCAUAUCAAAAGAUUAUUUUAUGCUCAAUGGUAUAAUGAUAAAAUUAGAACUAUAGGAAAUAAUUGAAUAUGUAUUUUUUUUACUUUUGUAAAUAUGAUGUCCUUAAGCAUAUACCACUCAUUGCUGGCAGUGAGAUAUAGGUCAUUUGUGAUUUUUAGUGUUAUUAUACCUUAUUAGUUACAAGCACUUUUUAUUUACAUGGCAGCAAAUGGUUCUGAGAAUUGGUUUUGAGAAUAAGGUGGCAUUUGUGGUUUAAUUUUUUUGGUUUACUGCUGUGUUUUAAACAUAGUAGAGACUAACUGAACCCAAAAUGUUUCAGUAUUUCAAAAUAGGUAUUAAAAUUGUUGUUCUAUUCCAUAAAAUAACUCUGUCCUUUCCCUCUUUUCUGAUCUGUGUUGUAGCUUCUUAUCCCUGCUCUGGGUUUUAGCCAAUUCCUUUUAGGUUAUUAAAAAAUACCCUAAAUUUGUUAAAUAAUGGAUUUAUCAGAGCCCAUCCAUGUUUCCAAAGCGAGUUUAACAAAAAAGCAAUUGAUCAAAGAUAAAGGAAUAUGCACUGAUUUUUCACUGUAAAAUGGAGGAGAGCUGCUUUAGCAGUAGGUGAGGCUCACCCUGAAACUGUGGUGUUGCCACAACAGCAUCUCAGACUCCUGGGAUGCCUUCCACAGUACUGUUACAAGCACAGCUGGUUCUGUUAAAUCUCUUUACUCUGCUUUCAUGAUGAAUUAUUUUGAUAAAUUGCUUGUGGGUUUUUCAAACACAAAUAUAAAGAUUUUAUUGCACUCAUUACAUUUUUUAAUAAGGAAUUUUACAAUAGAGGAAAAGUUAAAAUUUGCAGGUGAUGCAGAUUUUACUAAUUACUAUUUUUAGUAGUAGCCAAAAAGUUUCAAAAGUAUCAACUUACGCUUUUUACCAGUGUAUUAAGGAAAAUUUUUUUCCCUACUUAAAUUAAAUCAUAAUUUUUGUCACCUUUAUUUUAUAAUUAUCAGCUGUGAAAAGCUUCAUUUAAUAUAAAAUGCCCACCUGGAAAAGUCAGUAGGUUGAUACCUUUUUAAUCCAAGGUAGUAAGCCAAGGAUUCAGAAAGAUAAUUCUUUAAAAUAAUGUACUAAUGAUUAAUUACAUUGUUACUUUCAGGUAUUUUUCCUGAUUAAAUUUGUAGAUAUAUUUGGAAGUGUUUUUAAAACUAUAUUAAAAUGUGACUUGCAUUACAAA